GGCAAGAUGGCGCCCGGCGAGUGACUCUCUCCGGGUCCCUCCAGCGGCUGCGGAGAGACGCCUGCGCGGGGAGGGGUUCUGCCCCCGCGUGGCCAGCCUUCCUCCUCUCCCCCGCCCCCCCCCCCGGAGGCCUCCUCCUUCCUCCCCGCCCUCCACCUCAGGGGGGAGGGGGGCGGGCCAGGUUUCCCGGGGACACCAUGUCGGACUCGGAGGAGGAGAGCCAGGACCGGCAACUGAAAAUCGUCGUGUUGGGGGACGGCACCUCCGGGAAGACCUCCUUAGCUACGUGUUUUGCUCAAGAAACUUUUGGAAAACAGUACAAACAAACUAUAGGACUGGAUUUCUUUAUGAGAAGGAUAACAUUGCAAGGUAAGAGAUUAAAAAGACUUAACAUGGGAAACUGUAUAAAUCUUACAAUAAGAAGCAUAUGGCAGAAAUGUGUAAAAUCAGUUCCAUGGCUGCUUCUGCAUGGAAAUAUGUGCAAUCAGUUUCUGAAACUGUUUCAUACACCUCUACUGAUAGUUCCUUCUCGCCUAAUUAGAGUGCCCCACACAGAUGAGCUGCCAUUAAUGGCCAACAAAAGUGGGUGCCUGUGGGACAAGUGGGGAGAAAGCACAUCUGCAAAUCGGAUUUCCCGGGACCUUCUGCUGCAUUUCACUGUGAAUUUAUUUGGAUAUUUGCCAAAUUAUUGCUAUAUUUAUAUCCCUUUUGCAUUAGUAUCUCCUGGAAUCCUCUUGGUAUAUGAUAUCACAAAUUAUCAAAGCUUUGAGAAUUUAGAAGAUUGGUAUACGGUGGUGAAGAAAGUGAGUGAAGAGUCAGAAACUCAUCCACUAGUGGCUUUGGUGGGCAAUAAGAUUGAUUUGGAGCAUAUGAGAACAGUAAAACCUGAGAAACAUCUCCGAUAUUGCCAAGAAAAUGGUUUUAGUAGCCAUUUUGUCUCAGCCAAGACAGGAGACUCUGUCUUCCUGUGUUUUCAGAAAGUUGCUGCAGAAAUCCUUGGCAUCAAAUUAAACAAAGCAGAACUAGAACAGUCACAGAGGGUGGUGAAGGCAGAUAUUGUAAACUACAGCCAGGAACCUGUGUCGAGGACUGUUAACCGGCCUAGAAGCUCCAUGUGUGCAGUUCAGUGAGCACAUUUUUCUUUCGUAUUGAUAGUCCUGGCCGCCCUUCAUCUCUGAGAGGGCCCAGGCCAUCUAGGAACGUGUUUUAUCAGUGACCAUCUCUGUAGUUCAGCGCACACUUCCCUCGUGCUCCGCCCUCAUUAAGUGCCGCCUCCCAGCCACAGACAGCUCCUUGGAUUGGAAAGAAUUCAACCGCAGGACCACACACUUGGAAAUCAAAAUGGAAUGUUCAUUCUCUGGAGUCUUAGAUUGCAUCAUUGAAAAAGAGUGAUCUUGGUUCUUUGUGUCCUCACUUCUUUUUUCCCUGAUGUAACUGUUUUUAACCGAAUGUGCAAACCCCAGAUUCUUGAUCAUCAGCCAGGAUUUUGCCAUAGCAUGGUUUCAUUCUCUUCUUGGAACUCAGUGUAUGUCAGAGUCUACUUCAGAGUGCAAAUAUUGAAGAACGUAAUAUAUUUUACCUACAGUUACUUAAGAAGACAUUCCUUUGUUGUUUAUUGAGAGUGAAAAAUGUACAAAGUUAUAUCUUAUCUAAAAAGGCUUGAAAUGAGGCUGUAAUAGAAAUAUUUUUUCAUUUUUUAACAAGGGACCUAAAUUGUUUAUAUUGUAGUUUGUAACUCAUAAAGUAGGGAGUAUUUGAUAUUGUAUUUUUCUUACUGUAUCAUGGUCAUUACAUAUCGUAUCAUAUUCAGCUUAGAUGGCUCUAUGAAUUUUGAUAAGUGUCCAGCUGAUGUUCCACAUGGAAUUUCUUCUGCACCCUGUGUGAAAGUGCUCUCAGCAUGGGUCCUGAUGCCUUGUUGGGUCAGUGUGGAACAGACAGUACCCGAUGUCCAGAUGUUUUUCUCUCACAAAUAAAUUGCUUUAAAUUAC